AUGUCAGAUGAUCUAGAUAGAGUGUUAUCUACCGAGGAACUGGCUUUAGUAAAGGAUAGGGAGAUAGAGAGGGUCUUGAACUGCUGUCCAUGGGACUAUUAUUCCAUCCUUGAAAUUAAUCCUCUCAAGAAAGAUAUCCAAUUGCAAAAUCAAAUUAAAAGAACUUAUAGAAAGAAAACAUUGUUGAUACAUCCUGACAAGGUAUCAAACCCAAAUGCGCCACAUGCUUUUGAUAGGCUAAAGAAAGCUGAAUUGGUUUUAUCAUUUGAUAUACCUGAAAGUGAAUCAGAAAUUGAAUCUCAAGAUGACACCUCUAAAUUGUACGUAAACGAAAAGAAACGUCUACUAGCUAUCUAUAAUGAUGCAGAAAAUCGCUUAUUAAGGUCGAAGAAGAUAAUACAAGGAGAUACUUAUAGUGAAGAGAAUUAUAAACAAAUUCUUCAAAUAGUUACUGAAAUCUUAAACGAAGAGAUCAAACAAGAAGAAAUAGAAAGAAACUUUCAACAACAGCAAGAGGCUAAAAAAAUGGCUGAACUUAAGAAGGUACAACAAGAAAGAGAAUUGAAGAAGAAACUCGCUAACAAGUGGGAAGAUGAGAGAGACAUAAGAGUAAAUAAUUGGCGAUCAUAUACAAACAAAAUCGAAAAACCUAAAUCAAAAAGUAAGAAGAAAUCUGGUAAUUCAAAGAAGAAUGUUCUUGCAUAA